GAAAGCCAGAGGAGGCAGAAACUUGGGGCCGGGGAGAGAUCCCAGCUGGGGACUCAGUCUCCCCUGCACAGGCUGUUUGCGUCUGUAGAGGCCUCUCUUUGGUUCUCUGUUUGGGUGCUGCUGCAGGGAUUCUGGGCCGGGUGGGGCUUGGGGAGCCCCCCACGGCCACCUUAGUCUCCUCUCUUCUUCCCAUCGGGCAGCGGGUGCGCAUGGGCCCUUCUCCCUCUCCAUCCCCCUCCCCGAGCCCCACGGAUUCCAAGAGAUGCUUCUUUGGCUCGGGCUCCGGUUCUGGCCGCCUGCACAUCUCCGACUUCACCUUUCUCAUGGUGCUUGGAAAGGGCAGUUUUGGCAAGGUGAUGCUCGCCGAGCGUCGGGGCUCCGAUGAGUUGUUCGCCAUUAAGAUCCUGAAGAAGGACGUGAUUGUGCAGGACGACGACGUGGACUGCACGCUGGUGGAGAAGCGCGUGCUGGCCCUGGGGGGCCGCGGGCUGGGCGGGCGGCCUCACUUUCUCACCCAGCUCCACUCCACUUUUCAGACCCCGGACCGACUGUACUUUGUGAUGGAAUACGUGACGGGCGGGGACCUCAUGUACCACAUUCAGCAGUUGGGCAAGUUCAAAGAGCCGCACGCCGCAUUCUACGCGGCUGAAAUUGCCAUCGGCCUCUUUUUCCUUCACAACCAGGGCAUCAUCUACAGGGACCUGAAGCUGGACAACGUGAUGCUGGACGCGGAGGGACACAUCAAGAUCACAGACUUCGGCAUGUGCAAGGAGAACAUCUUCCCGGGGACCACGACCCGGACCUUCUGCGGAACCCCGGACUACAUCGCUCCAGAGAUCAUCGCCUACCAGCCCUACGGCAAGUCUGUGGACUGGUGGUCCUUCGGGGUGCUGCUCUACGAGAUGCUGGCGGGGCAGCCUCCGUUUGACGGAGAGGACGAAGAAGAGCUCUUCCAGGCCAUCAUGGAGCAGACAGUCACCUACCCGAAGGCGCUGUCCCGGGAAGCGGUUGCAGUGUGCAAGGGGUUCCUCACCAAACACCCGGGGAAGCGCCUGGGCGCUGGGCCCGAUGGAGAGGUUGCUAUCCGUGCCCACGGCUUCUUCCGCUGGAUCGACUGGGAGCGCCUCGAGAGGCUGGAGAUCGCUCCUCCCUUCAGGCCACGACCAUGUGGCCGCAGUGGUGAGAAUUUCGACAAAUUCUUCACUCGAGCAGCCCCCGCGCUGACCCCUCCCGACCGUCUGGUCCUGGCCAGCAUUGACCAGGCUGACUUCCAGGGCUUCACCUAUGUCAAUCCUGACUUCGUGCACCCUGAUGCCCGAGAGCUCCCUAGUCCUGGGGCUGGCGCCAGCCCCGUGCCGGUCCUGUGAGCUGUGAGCCCGAGCCUUGCUGGCCCGGGUCCCUCUGCUGCUUUGCCCCUCCCCUCAGAGGGGUGGGGCUGGGAGGAGUUCUCAGCUGUGUGUCUUCUCUCCCCCCCCACCCUUUCCCCGCCAGGGAUUGGCGUCCUGCGCACCCCGCCCUCAUCCCGGUCCCCCUUCCUGAUUCUAGUUCCGCACCCCCAUUCUAGUGCCCAUGUAUUCAGCCCUGCUCCUCUGUCCCCCUCCAUCCCGUGCCCCAAGCCUAGAGCCUACCUUGAAUCUGAGGUCCUGUGGGAGGCUGUGCCCCCACACCCUGGGACCCAGGGGGAGGAUGGAGAUGGCCCCCGCCUGGGGCCCAGCAUCCACAUCUACCCAGAAUUCCCUGCUCCCCUGCGGGUGGCCCCCACCGGCUAGUGUCCUAGCACCCCACUUCCGCACCCCCAACCACUGCCAGCUCCUUUCCUGCUGCCGCGUGUGGCUCAAGUCUCAGCUUCAUGGAGCCCUGGAUUCACCUCUCGGGGCCCUGAGGCCUCCCCCUUCUGGCUCCCUAGAUCUGUCCCCACCCCCAUCCCUCAGGGCUGGGAAAUAAAGUUGGGCUUUUGAUGCUG